UCAGUUUCAGUCAAAAUUCACUCUGACUUCAACUUAACAACAUCAGAGAGAGGGAGAGAGAGAGAGAGAGAGAGAUGCUGGUCUAUUCACUGCUGCUGUCGAUCGCCGUCAGCUGCUGCUCUGCAGAAGAUCUUUUUCAUCCUCCCAUGAUCCACCUCAACAAUGUUUUCCUGCUAAACCAAUCAGAGGCCGUUGUCACCGCCGGCUCCGCCAUCAUCCUCCGUUGCUGUGGCGACAGUGCAGUCCGUUGGUCCAGCACAGCGUUUCGCCUGCAGUACCACGACAACCUCCCUGACCUGUUAGAGGUCACAAGGUCAGUGCCGAGACACACUGGGACGUACCGAUGCGGUUACUCCGCCCACAACCUGCGGCACCUCAACACCUGGAUCCACCUGUAUGUCAAAGACCCGGUCCACACCACCAGGGUGUUUGAGACGCCUCGUGGCGUCCCACCUGUCAAAGAAGGCCAGGACUUCCUGUUCAAGUGUCAGCUGACUGACCCGUCUGUCACAAACCUCACCUUCCAAUCAGACAGCAGGGGGCGGAGUCUGCCCCAGGGCAUGAAUGUGACGUUUGACCGCCGGAGUGGCGUCCUCAUCCGAGACGUCCAGAGGACGUUUAACGGACGAUACGUCUGCUCAGGCCUGAAGGACGGAAGACCGGUCCAAUCUGCACCUGUGGACCUGCUGGUGGUUCCGAGGCUCCGCCUCCCUCCCUCGCUGUCUGUCAGUCAGAAAAAGUUUGUUCGUCUUGAAGGUGAAAAUUUCGAGGUCACAUGUCUGAGCAGUAACCCCUCCCACUUCUACAACAUCACAUGGACACACCCCCUCAUACAGACGCUGAACAUGAGCAUCAGUCGUCGCUAUAGUAACCACCGCAUGUACGUCAACAACACUGCAAGCGUCUCAGCUGUCAGUCACAAACACAGUGGAACGUUCACCUGUACGGCUGUCAACGAAGCUGGAGUCACCACGGCAACCACACAGCUGAGAGUUCUGGCUCGCCCCUACCUGAUCAUCUACAUGCAGCCACUGCAGCAUGCUAAUGCUAAUGCUAACAGCAGGACCAUAUUUGCAAAUGCUAGCAGCAUGCUAGAGGAGCUAAACACCAAUAUUAGCAUGAUCGCUAAUGUCAGUCCCAAUGGAACAGAUGAGGACAUUGCUACCAAUGCUAACAUUAGCGGCAACAUCAGGGUGGAGGUGAACGAAGGACGCGACGUGACACUAAAGUUUGUGAUUGAGGCGUAUCCUCCAAUCAGGAGCCAGGCCUGGGCCACGCCCUCAGACAACGACAACGACACAGUGUAUGAGGAGAGCUACGCCGCUAAUGGCUACAGGUCUGAGGCGACCCUGCUGCUGCGGCGCGUCCGUCAGGGCGAUGAAGGUCGAUACUCGUUCAAUUUCUCAAACUCAUUUUUCAGCGGUUCACAGAACAUUGACCUCCGAAUCUACCGUUCCCCUCACACUGUGGUGAGUCGGCAGAAUGACACGCUGACCUGCAGCAGCUCUGGAUACCCUCCUCCCACCGUGCUGUGGUUGGCCUGCCCCGGGGCACAGGAUACGUGUGGAGACGUCUCCGCCCAUCGGCUGCUUCCAGCUGACGUGACCUCGCAGGAAGAGGAUGUGACAUCACAGAUCCAACUGUCGGCUGGCGAUGAUGUCACUGUGGAGUGUGUGGCCUAUAAUCAGCUAGGAGAGUCACGCCGCGCCGUCACUCGCCGUUCUGCGGCAGAGCCGGUGACGCCCCCACAGCCGGCUCUGAUUGGUGCUCUGAGCGUGGCCGCCGCCCUCCUUCUUCUGCUAUUGGUCGUCUGUUACAAGUGGAAACAGAAACCAAAAUACGAGAUUCGCUGGAAGAUCAUCGAGAGCACAGACGGAAACAACUACACGUUUGUUGACCCCACGCAGCUGCCGUACAACCAGAAGUGGGAGUUUCCACGAGACAAGCUCCGCCUUGGUGCUGUUCUGGGCUCAGGGGCGUUUGGGAAGGUUGUUGAGGCGACAGCGUACGGACUGGGAACCGACAGCAACGUCACCAGAGUCGCCGUGAAGAUGCUGAAACCGAGCGCUCACGCCGAGGAACGUGAAGCUCUGAUGUCGGAGCUGAAGAUCCUCAGUCAUCUCGGUUACCAUGACAACAUCGUCAACCUGCUGGGAGCCUGCACGCGCGGAGGCCCCAUGCUGAUGAUCACAGAGUACUGUAGCCAUGGCGACCUGCUCAACUUCCUGCGGGCUCAUGCACAUGACUUCAUUACAUCCAUUUUGAGUGUGAACGAAGUGGAGGAGGAGGUGUUCUACAAGAACAUGGCCGCCACUCAAAGCGCCAGACUCAGGAGUGACAGUGGGAUCUCGUGCUGCUCAGAGUAUCAGGAGAUGCUGCCCAUUCUGAGUCCAGGACAAAUGCACCAGGGUAUGCAGACAGACAGUGUGUCUGUGGGUGACCUUAUCAGGUUCUCCUUCCAGGUGGCUCAGGGUCUGGACUUCCUGUCCAAUAGGAACUGUAUCCACAGAGACGUGGCAGCGAGGAAUGUCCUGCUGACUGACCGCGGCGAUGCCAAGAUCUGUGACUUCGGUUUGGCUCGAGACAUUCGCAACGACGACAGCUACAUUGUGCAGGGAAAUGCUCGUCUCCCGGUGAAGUGGAUGGCACCAGAGAGCAUCUUUCAGUGCGUGUACACGGUGCAAAGUGACGUGUGGUCGUACGGCAUUCUCCUGUGGGAGAUCUUCUCUCUGGGUAAGAGUCCAUAUCCAAACAUCGCUGUGGAUACCAACUUCUACAAGAUGAUCAAAGAUGGCCACCACAUGUCUGCACCAGACUUCGCUCCAGCUGAGAUGUACCAGCUGAUGACGCUGUGCUGGAGCCUGGAGCCCACCCACAGACCCACCUUCAAAACCAUUGGUCAGCUCAUCAAAAGGCUCCUCCCCUCCACCAGUGACAAGGUGCCACAUCACAGCUGCAAGGCAGCGUACAGGAACAUCGACGAGUGCACAGAAGAGGAAGAGGAAGAGGAAGAGCUGAGCAGAGGAGAACUCUGUGAUGAAGAAGAGGAGGAGCCAGUGGUGAGGAACAUCUACCAACACUCAUGACCCUCUCAUCCAAUCAAGACCAGGAGCAGGACCAAGACCAGAUCCAGGAGCAGGAGCAGGAGCAGGAGCAAGAGCAAGACCAAGACCAAGACCAAGACCAAGACCAAGACAACCACGACCAUGAUCUAGAUAUAGCCCAGGACCAAGACCAAGACCAAGACCAUGACCAAGACCAAGGUCCAGGAUUAAGACAUUGACGAUGACCAGGAAAAAGUCGUUGUUGCUUCCGAAAACGAAUGCGAUGUUCAAAUAAAACUUGUCUGUGGGCGGAGCCAGGAAACCCAAACAUCUGUGGGCGGAGCCAGGAAAGCUGCCCCGUGGUGCAUUCACUGUCCUGUUUUAGAAGCCGGACGUUCACAUGCAGCUGCAGGAUGUGACAAGAACUACGAGGAACAUCGGUUCACCUGUGACCUGAUGAUGAAACAGGAAAUGGCAUCACAGGCCCAAGUAUUACAUUUGAGAAUAUUGAUGUGUCAUUGAUUUGUUUUACUGUGUCAAAAUAAAAUCAGCUGAUUCUCCUCACA